AUGGUUAACGAUGAUGGUGAUUAUGAGGAUGUUGUCAAUAUAGAGGACAAGGAGAUAUAUUACAAAUCCGAUGAUAGUUUUAAUGAUAUCAACACCAAAGAUGAGAGUGAUGCAGAAACUAGUAGAAGAGGCUUGAUUAGAGCAAUUCAUGAGUAUAUAAGGUGUGCAAAGCAUAUUUUUGCCAAAUGGAGAAAAACCAAAAAAGUAUGGGUCAGUCCAUUCAAAAAAGGUUCUCGUUUGCGCUUUUUAAAUCGAGAAAAAUCAGGAUCUAAGAGGAGACAUAGGAGGAGAUUUCUCGGUGCCGGAGGGAGGCGAGUUCGAAUGUUCACGAAGGCGAAAACCAAUACACCAAAACUCACCCGAGCCCGCCCAGCUGGAGUUCAAGCCCAUUUGAAAGGUCCAGUUAUAAGAAAGCCCAUGGUGUCCACAAAUGGUCGUCAGACCCUCGUAUACCCAAAUCACAAGUCCAAUACAGAGAAAUCAACUGGUCCACGGCCUGAGAGUAAAAACUUCGAUUCAUUUUCGUUCAAGCACCAAAUUCGUUGGCGCUCAAAUUUAAAUCAGAGACUCACUGAACCUCACCCACUCUCUGCACCAUCGCGUCAGCCGAUUCACAAGACCCCUACGACAAUUUCCACCUCGCAGGAGAGAAGAAAUACAAUCACUAGAUCCACCUCCGGAUUCCCUAAUACAAAAGGGCUGAUCACAAGGUCACAGAUCCACACUCAGUCUCCAGACAGAACAAGGACGGGGAGGAGGAGGAUCCAUCUGCCUUAA